AAAAGAAACUCUGGGCAAACGUACCAACCAGUCGGAAUGGCAUAUCUUGUACGAUACCUGACCCCAGAGCCCACAAUGUUUUCGAUCUUAAAAGCUCUCGUCUCAUCCCGACUCGUCAGCCUCGCAAUUACUUAACCGAUCCAACUUCAGUCAUUCGCUUGCCGUGAAGGAUAUCAACCGCCAUAAUGGUUCGUCUAUUGAAGUACGCUGGCGCCAGCUCCCUACUGGUUGCUACCGUGAGCGCCAACUAUGUCAGCUCCUCUCAGUACGAGGAGGAGGACUGCACCGAGACUGAGGCCUACAGCUCGACCUCGGUUUCACACCCGACUACCAGCUCCUCCGUCGGUGGAUACCCGGUCAUCACCCCCUCGUCUUCGGCUGGAUACCCAGCUGUGAGCACCUACCCGGGUUCUUCUGCCAGCACGAAGAGCGCCACCUCCCCUGCUUAUCCCACCAUCUCCGUUACCCCAAGCAAGAGCGCCUCCGUCCCUGGCUCCUCUACCUCCACUGGUGCCACCUAUCCCGGAGGUGAGACCGAGACCUUGACAAAGUACUCGACUUUAGUCUCCACGAUCACCUCGUGCCACCCCACCGUUACCGAUUGCCCAGUUGGAUCAAAGACUACCGUUGUCGUCCCCUACCCGACAUCGGUCCCCCAGGGACACCCCACCACCGGUGUCUCCAAGACUUACCCGGCUGAGACUCCUUCUUAUCCCGUCGGAACCCCCUCCACCUACCCUGCUGGAAGCGCCAGCAACUCGGUACCUACCUACCCCGUCAGCAAGCCGGCUACUUCUUAUCCCGCUUCUGUCCCGUCUUACCCGGCUGAGACCCCUAAGUACCCUACUAAGGGUUCCAGAAAGCCCGUUCCUACUUAUCCUGCUGGAACUGCCGGUUACCCUGCCGCUUCUUCUACUUUCUCAACUAGCUACGGUGUCAACAGCACUACUUUCUCCGUCCCCAGCUACCCCACCGAGACACCCAAGACACCCAAGACCACCACAACCGGCUCCACUCCUAUCCCUACCGCUGGCGCUGCCAUCGUGGGAUCUAGCGUCACCGGCGCUUUGUUCGCUUUCGCCGCUCUGUGCGUUGCCUUCUUCUAAAUGGUUUAGGCCUAUGGUACUAGAUAGGUAGUACGUGACGAAGCCAUGGAAUGACGGUACUUCGAGGGUCAGGAAAUAUGUAAAACGCGACGGGACGGAAUAUAGGACUUAUAUUCACGUGGA